UGAACUUUUCUUCUCCCACCUCGACAGCAGCUAUUUACCUAUUUUUGGAUGUAUAAACAUUUUAUUAAUUAUCACAUUCUUUGUUCUGAGAUUGAUUUUCGGCAUUAAAUCUGUAGCUUAUGAGUAAAAUUGAUUAUAUUCGCCUAAUUACCAUUUUAUAAGGCUGAUUUUUGGGUACGUGCGAACUCCACUACGCAUGUGCCGUAGGUCAUUGCCGGUUCAUUGAAUGUCUCGUAAAGUCGUAAAGAUGGCUGUUGGCCGUUGUGAUUAUUUCUAAACGAAAGUUGUGUUUCCAAGAGUGUAUUCAUAUGCAAUUUAUGCAUAAUCAUAAUUAUUUUCACCCAUAUAGGCAGAUAGACGAUUAAACUGGGAUGCCCAAAAGGGGUCACAGUUCUCCGUCAGCAAUGUGUUCGUCCAAUGAGAGCAACAAAGCAAAUUUCAAGCUUGGACAAAUUAUCACUGAUCUGAAUGGGAAGCAAUGGAAACUGGGCAGAUCUAUAGGUAAUGGAGGAUUUGGUGCAAUAUAUGAAGCAUCUGAUGACUGCAGUAAAUAUGCCGAGACUGUUAGUUAUGUGGCCAAGGUAGAAAAGCAUUCAAAUGGUCCACUUUUUGUGGAAAUCAACUGUUACCUGCGGAUAGCCAAAUUAGACAUGAUUGCUGAAUGGAAACAACAGAAAAACCUUGAAUACUUGGGUAUGCCUCACUAUGUCUCAUCUGGAUCACAUUAUCAUAGAGGUGAAAAAUAUCGUUUUCUUAUCAUGCCCAAAUAUAAAAUGGAUCUUGAACGUAUCUUCAAAGAGAAUAGAAUUUUUAACCUAAAAACUGUACUCACUAUUUCAUUACAAUUAAUGGACAUUUUGGAGUAUAUUCAUAGUAAAGGCUAUGUUCACUGUGAUGUGAAGGCAGCUAACAUAAUGCUAGGUACCACAACUGAAACCAGUGAUGUCCUUCAAAUGGAACUGGAAACUGUAGAAAAACCUGUAUUCAGAUGUACAAGACAAAGACGAGAGCCACCCACAAUCAUAACUCAAAAUAGAUGCAGGAAGACCAGGCAAUGCCACAGAAAACCUGUGAAAUAUAUUGAUGAUAUCCCAUUCCUAGAUGAGGUCCUAGAUGAUUUUGAAGGGACAAAAGAAGCAAAAUGUGAGAAAAAGACUGUAGCUGAACACAACCACAUUUUCCUACUUGAUUUUGGCCUUGCAACAAAAUAUCUGCAGACAAAUGGAGAGCACAAAAAGUUUUGUACUGAUGAACGACGCGCGCAUGUUGGAACAAUGCUUUUCUGCUCCAGAGAUGCUCAUAAAGGAGUUCUGUCAAGGAGAUCUGACCUGGAAAGCCUGGCUUACAAUAUGGUGUAUUGGUUGACAGGUACCUUACCUUGGAUUGAGGACUUGGAGAGACCGGAGGAAGUGGAGAAGAAGAAGACGAGAUGUCUCAAUAAUCUCACCAGUUUCCUGCAGCUCUGUUUCAAUCUAGAAUACCCGCGGUUUCUGUUAGAUUACAUUAAUUAUUUGAAUAAGUUGCAGUUUGAGGAGGAGCCAGAUUAUGAAUAUUGUAGGAGAUUAUUCAGAAAUGCUAUUACCGCAUAUGGAUACAAGAAUGAUUCUGUCUUGGACUUUGAAAACUUUGAAGGCUUUGGAAAGUUGAAACCCAAAGGCAAGAAGAAAAUUCUAGUAGGCGGAAGAGAGAAUAAAGGUACAAAAGUACACGCCAGUUUCCUGAAGAGCCCCCUUAUGCCUUUGCAUUCCAACGUGGUCUUCAAGCGACCUAAGUUGAGGAAGAAGAAGGCACUGUUUGAGGCCAAAGAGGCAAAGGAAACUUUGAUGACCUGGUCCCAGAUUUUGACUGAUCCCGAAGAAAUUCUGAAACAGGCUCGGGAGAAAAGAGUUGUGGAAGACUGUGAUACGACAUUUAAUAUGUCAUUAGCCGAACUCAAGAGUUUGAAUCCUACUUAUGCUAUGUUGGAGGUGUUUCACAAGACUAGAAAUGGUGUUUCGCCAAAACAUAAGGGUGAUAGUGCGAUGUUAGACCAAAUAUGUGGAUACAAUCAAGCCAUGAUGUCUGUUUACACUAGGAUGAUGGAAAGAUUGGAUAUGGAAUUUGAAAUGGAAAUGAAUAACCAUGAUAACAACAAUUACAUUAGAACUAAGGAAGAUCAGACUAGACGAAAGAAGAGAGCAAGAAUUUCACCCGCUAGGAUCGUUAAAUCUAAGUCGCAGUGUUUAGCAAUACGCAAGGCAAAGGACCACAUCCAGUUGAAAAAAUCGAGAAGUGCGCCACUGCGAAGGACAUAUAGUCUAAGAGGCUAGUUGAGUAGCUUCCCAUAAUUGAGGAGGUAACAUUCAAAGCAUGAUUUUUCUGUCGGAUAUGGAACAAAAGCACAUUUAUUAUAUUGACGAAAUCGGUAUUCCAUUGUGAAUCCAUUAAAUGAUGGAAGAUAAAACUGGAUGUCCUAAAUGGAACUAUUAAAAUUCCACAGAUAAAUGACUCUUGUCUCUCUUGAUUUUCAGUAUUGAAAAAUGGAGAAAACGCCUUAUGCAUGGACUAUGUGGAGAAAACACGAUUUGAAUUGAAAACAAGUUAAAAUGUAACAAUCAGAUAGUGUUUUAACCAUACAAUAUUGUUUAGUUUACAAAGUAUCGUUUAAUUUAUAAACAAUACAGACUAAAGUAUUUUACAAAUUACUUUAUUUCAACAUUACAGCUGGGAAACACAAAUUCAAAUUCUGAUGCAAUUUUCUUGAUUCAAACAGCGCAGGCAUUCUCAUCAGCUAUCCCUUCGGCAAUGACUGGAGUAUUGAAAAGUACUUUGCACGAAUUAAAGCAGUUGUCGCCUAGAUUUUGCCAGUUUCCAAAAACAUCAUUCUUCUUUUUGACAUAACAUAGUAUUGGUGAAUGACUUUUUGUUCAUAGAUGAAGUUCUCCAUUGCCUUAACUCUGACUGCAUGCUUACCAUGAACCUCACUGACUGAAAAAUAUCCUCUUUAUGUUGCUUAUAUUUCUUAGGUCCUUGUAGAACUUCUUUAAAUCCUUUGUGUUUUUGAGUUUCUGUACCAGAUCUUUAUAAAGGUCCAAAGAUCCAUCCACAGGAAGAAACGAAUGCCCACAAGUUGUAAAGUGCAUUAUGAAUCUCUUUAAUUGCUGAUGUCAUCUGUGUUUGCAUAAAGUAGAGUAUGUGUCACAAUAUUGUUCUUAUUCUGAGCGCUGCACCCUUCACUGAACAAUCUUAAAAUACUGUAUGUUUGAAAAUCAGUAUUGUGAAGAAAAUGUAACAAUGCAGAUUAAAUUUCUGUACUUCCCUUCCCGGCUUGUUCCUCAGUCCAGCAGUAAAAUUUUGGGUUCAGUCCUUUUACAUCAACUAUUCAGACAUUAUAAAAUCCAAUUUGUAGUAUGCUUCCUGCACGGGUGUUUUUGGUAGAGGCUGGAUUUGUUGCAAGUCAAAACAGUAGCUCACAGAAUCAUCUACGUUCUGUCUCAUGAGCUGAUAAAAUGCAUUUGCUUCUUAUGAAUUCUUUUUUCUAUAAUAAAAUGGCUUCUUUCCUUGGAUCCCGCAGGAAACGUUCUAAUGUUGUGCCAAAUAUAUUCGUUUAGGUUUAUCUCUCCUAUAGUGACUUUCACUCCCUCGAAGUUUUCCAAUAAACUGUUACACACUCUUUUCUCGGCUCAAAUGGCUCUUCCUAUCUCCUCCUCUAUUCUCUCUCAGCAUUUUAUCAUGGAACUGUUUCUUUGCAAUGUUUUCCAAUCUACUGCAGCGUAUCUUUGUAGCUUCUAGAAAAAACUUCUUACAAACUCUCUGAGAGUUAACACUUAAGAAGUAUUUAACUAUGUAUAAAUGAUUCGAAACGGCCUUCUUGUUAGGUUUUUCUCGGGGCCUUCUACGCUUCACUCCUUGAGUCUGCAUCAAAGACAACUUUUUUCGAAUUUCUACGACGUGAUUUGAUGAUUUGAACAAUAAAAGACCUUUGUGUUGUGCCCACAAGGGUUGAUCACAUUCUAGUUGCGGAGUCUUGAAUAUCUCGCUCAUUUCGCGGUAACCCUUUUUCCAUCAGUACUAUUACUCACUUGUACUUCAACAGUAUCUGUAUCGUCUAAAUUUUCCAUUUUCAAACUGCGAAUACCCUAUUUCACGAGUAUCCAUCACGCUUUGACGUCUACUGAGGUGAACAGCUGAUCAGCAAGUGACAUUUUUUGUGUUAGUCUGCGACGUUGGCAAUAAUGAAUCGGGUGUAAACGUAGUAAAACUUGUUUGUAGCGUUUUGUUUUCUGUAUGCAAAUGAACUUUUCUAAAUAAAAGAGCUUUUAGUAAGUACAAAAUAAAUCUGUAGCGUACAAAAAAUAAAAAAAAAAUGGCUCUCUCUACGUGGCAUUGACGGAUCCGUCAGAAUUAUCUGUCAUGUGCUGAUGGAUACUCGUGAAAUAGGGUGUACUUAAUUGAACAAGAGAAAAAUAACAUAACCUCAACAUGUAACGGCCGUAUGAUGAGUAAUCCAUUCAAAACGUGUAUUAUCUCAAAUAUGUCAAACGUUAAAAUGGCGUCCGCUCAUCUGUGAUUGGUUGUUCGGACAAAACAUUUUAUGACUGAUUCCUGACUGAGGACAGGACACGUUUAGUUUUUAGCAGCAUUGUAGCUCGAAGAAAAUAUAUAGGAGAGAUCUCUCUUUGAAUGUCUUUGUCUGCUAGAAACGUGGUCCGUACAUAAAGAAAAGUGGAACUGUUAACCCAUUUUUUCUCUUAUGUGACAAAACACGUUUUGAAAGUUACCUCCUCAAUUGUACUGUUUUGUAAAACAUCUAAUAUGCGUUCUUUCCAAGAGUAUUAAUUUCUAUCAAUAUAUAAAAAAUUUGAGACUGCUCUGUAAAUUACGAUUUGUACAUUUAUGUUUUUAAUUUCAAUUUGUUUGUUUCCAGUGAUUUUUAUAUUUUGGGCUAAUUGACCCAGGUCUUCCAGUAGCAGUAGCCAGUUUGUCAAUAUACUCAUAUAAUUUAGUUGAUGCUUCCUAAACAGCACUUCAGUUGUUUCAUUCAGACACCUGUUUCAAUGAUUAGCCAGGAUGAUACAAAAUGUUACUUUACUACUUGAACCAUUUACGAUAUUAAAGUAGAUGUAAUGGUAAACUGGCAACUUACAGAUUGAGAGCUAUUUUUGUUGAAGACACAUGAUUUUAUAACAGAUAUUAUAUUCUCCGAAUUCUGAAUGCAAAUGCCCUACACGUGACUGAAGAUAAUAAGCUUUUAUUACACAGGUCCACGGAAUAGAAACGAGGAGGACUCUGAGCUUAUCCACCAAAAAUUCCAAAAUUUUUAAUUCUGAUGUCUAAAUUACUUUCACUUCUCUAUCUUCCCACAAUUUUGACUUCAGAUGCGGAGGAUUGAGAGGGAAAAAGAGAUGGAAAAAUGAGACCCCCAGCACACACCACUUUUUAUUUUCUGAGAAUCUUUUUUAUGCGUUUUGUUUAACACUCUGACUGCCGGCAUACUAUUUUAUUCUUGUUUUAUUUUGUGCUGUCACUCUAUGACUGACAUACUGUUAGGCAUUAUUUGGCGGCGUCAGUCAUUUAUGUCUUACAGCACCAGAAUCAUACAUGGCCUCGUCAGGCUGUUUAGACUGACAUUAUAUUGAAUUGUUAAACUCCAUUUGGAUCACGGCGCUUGAUUUUGUGAGUCUAAAAAACCUGGCGGCGCCUAAAUAAAAUUCCAGGUAUUGUAAAUUAACCAAACAUUUUUAUUUCAAACUUAUUGUAUUAGCAAGAAAAAACAAGCAUUUUUAUUUCAAACUCAUUGUACUAACAAGAAAAAAUAGAUAACUUAGACACUAUGAUUUUUAAUAUGGCAUUCUUGACACAUCGCAGGUUUCCUAUUGCAUCCAUCGCAAUAUAUUCGUACUUUUCUUACUUUUUUUCUUGCUUCUGUUCUUGAUAUUUCUUUUGUUAGAUUGAUAUAGCAAUUUACAUUGUUUUCGAGUUUUCUCCUAUGAUUUUUUCAAUAAAUGUGCAACUUUUACAGUUGUUAGGCUGGUUAUACUAGCAUUAUUUCAAAAUAAGAAAGUGCUGGCCACAUCUUCUCUAAACUUAUAUAUGUUUGAUUUAGAUUUGGAAUGUUCUUUGUAUAUAUUGAAUGUAUUUACCAUCGACAUGCCCGUCAGCAACCCAAAAAAUACCUUUCGGUACCAUUUGACGCCUCGUCGAUUGCAUGUACUGUAUCACGCCAUUUGGUUGGACUUGUCAAUACCACACUUGCCAUUAUUAUAAGCAAUAAUUGCGUCUGGUUUUAAUGUUGACGUUUUGUCUGUUUCUUUUUUCUUUUUUGGAGUGGGCUCCUCGUUACUGCAGCUUGGAGAAAAUGCUCUCUUUCGUUUACUUGAAGGUGGCGGAACUCUCAUGCCAAUUCCGUGAACUGUAGAUAACAUAAGUACAUCCUUAGCGUCUUUCCAUUUGGAAACGACCAUCCCAUAAUUAGUUUCUCGCGCAAUGUACUCAUGUUUUUUGAGAUUCUUGGUCGUGAUAUCUUUUGGGAGGUAUUUUCUGGACCGCCUAAGCGUACCUACUAGAUGUGUACUUUUCGUAAGAAGAAUUGUGGCUAAUGGACAACGAGUAUGAAAGUUGUCAGUAUACAGAAUUUUUCCUUCAUUCAAAAAUCCUUCAGUCAAGGUCAAUACGACAGAUUCACCAAUCCCAAGUCCAGCAGGACGCUGUUCUUCACUACGGCCAGUAAAAAUUAGACAUUUCCAUGUAUAACCAUUUGGACUGCAUAAUUUAAAAAGUUUUACCCCGUAUUUGUGACUCUUGGAUGGUAUGUACUGGCGAAAUUUCAGUCUGCCUCUCCAUGGUAUCAUGCUUUCAUCUAUUACCGUAUAACUGUAUAAGUCUGCUGAAAAGAGUUAUUCAACAUAUCAAGAACAGGUCUGAUCUUGUAGAGUCUAUCAUUGUUAUUCUCGUGUUCCCUGCUGCUAAAAUGAAUCAUCCUCAAAAGCAUUUCGAAGCGAUUUCUUGAUAAUACCUGAGAUACUUGAUUUUUAUACAAUACAUCGGUGGACCAAUAUGAUGCAAGAGUAGGUCGACUAUUUAGAUCCAUCCAAAUAUAUAAACCAACAAAUUUCUGAAUUUCCAGUUCAUUUGUAGGGUUCCAUUGAUUUAGUCUUGAUUUCCGAGUUAGUUUUGUAUUUGAAAUUGUAAAUUCCGCAUAGCGUUUGUUUCUUCCACUAUGAGAGCUAUUAGAUCAGACGAAAAAAAUAGUUGAAAUGCAUUGAGGGGAGUAAAAUUGUCUGCUACAUCUACUUGAAUACCUUCAUUACCGGUGAAUUGAAAUGUUUGAUGAUUCCCAGAGUAGUCGUACCAAACAAAAUCAUACGUUAGUUAUUGAGGCAACAGUGAUGUUCACAAAACUGAAAAAAUAUCUUGUACUUCCACGCCGUGUCAGGAGAUUCUGGAAACACCAACAAACGUGACGUAUACGAGCUCAGUGCUAAAUAAACACUGAAUAUGCAUCAUCCGACGUAUAAUCGUAUCCCCACCAUCCAAAACAACGCGCGGCGUGGCGGCAGUCGAAUGCACGAAAUGACCACGGCGCAAGUUGUGUUUUUGUUGUCAGUCGAAAAAGACUGACAUGGCAGUCAUAUUGUUAAAAUUGGUCCACCGUCCCCAAAUUUUGAAUGUUUACCCGUUUAACGGGAAAAAAUACAUGAAAAAAACAUAGAGCACAAAUCUCUUUUUUAUUUUGUGGGCCUGUGUAAUUGGCAGGAGGACAAACCACUUAUGCUUUUGAAUGGGAAAAAUUUUACGUAAAUAAGUCACCAGCGUGUCUCACACAAAAAGUAUCUGAGGCAAAAAAUCUUCUUUUUGUUAAACUGCGCCUGCUCAGAUGUCAAAUCCGGCCAGGAAUUAUUAGUACCUGACUUUAUUGAACAUUCAAUAAUUCCCUAAUCUGACAGUUUUCUUGGUCUUUUUAGCGAUGUUUUGGGUUAUCUGCAUAAAGAGUAUUUGUGCAGUUUUUGGCAACCUCGUCAAUAUGUGAGAAUCUGUUUGGAGAUAGCCCUAACUUUUAUUAGGCUUACUUCAAUUAAACGUCAAAUCGUGUUGAACUAUAUGAAAAAAUGGAUCUACAACCUGGGUACUGUUAUUCAGGCGGGAAUAUAAUUUAUUCUAGGAAUGUAUGUUAUCUAGUGAAUACUGGUUUCUUAAGUCAUUGUUAAAUUUUUGAUUGCAGUGUAUAUAGUCAGUGCAAAAUUAAUGGUUUUAUUCAGAAUAUGCAGCAUAAAUUCUAUUAUUCUGCAUAAAGUUUGGGAACUGAGCAUCCUCCAUAUUUGACCAUUUGAAUUUUACAGAAAUAUAUUACCAUGUAUUUUAGAUCAAGAAUUUGAAUAAAGUAAGACAAAGUUAGUCUAAAUAGUUGAAGAAUGUAAUGCAUUAUUUUGACAUUUCAUAUAAAACCUUAUUUAGAAAAACUUACACUACUUAUACAAUGAUCUGGAUAAUGGUCAUCUCUUUGCUAUUAUAUAGGACCUUUCAAUUAAAACUUUUAGCCAAAAAACUCUUCUACAUACUGUAUAUAUCUUAUAUAGCAAAGUUGUAAAAGAAUCAUGAUUAUAAGCAAUAUUAUGCAUUGUUAUUCAUUAUGCAGGAUGUAUAAUUUAUUGUAUUUAGUUCUCUUCCUACAACAGUCGAUGUAUAGGUAUUGUGCUGUGAUUUAUUUUUGUAUAAUAAAAUCCUAAUUUGAA